GACUCGAAAUCACCUUUGAUUCCAUUGUUACAGAGAAAUGGAUUCCAAUACAUACCAAAUAAAAGCUCUCAGACGAGCCAAGAAUGAUGCUUAACUUGAUGGAUGGAGUGGAUUUUUAAUAUACAAAUACAGUGGACCCCAUAGAGCGGCUCUGCUACGACGAUUCCGAUCCGAGUGCGACGUUACACUCAAAAUUUUAAAAAAGGCGGGACUCGGAUUGGGAGUGCUUGCGUGUAACGUUGGACUCGAAUCGGGAGUGCACUCUUGAAGAAGAAGAUCUCCUCCCAUUUUAAAAAGGGAGGGCGGAAGGGGAGCGGAAGGGAAGGAAGUAAAAGGAACGAUGGCGGAAACUAAGAACGCCGAGCUACAGCAGUUCAAAGGCCAGCCUCGGCUGCCGAAAUUCGUAGUCCCGAAACGUUACGACCUCAAGCUCAGACCCGAUCUCUCUGCCUGCAAAUUCACCGGCACCGUCAAUAUCGACGUCGAUGUCACUGCAAAGACCAGAUUCAUUGUCCUCAACGCUGCUGAUCUCUCCAUCAACGGUGGAUCGGUAUGGUUCAAGACUCAACAAUCUCACAAGGCAAGAACUGAAGAAAAAACUCUUUUUAUUGCUUUCGUUCUUGCUUUGAUUUGUUUGCUGUUGAGAGAAGAGAUUGAUAUGAUGAUGAUGACGAUGAUGUCGUCGACAACAAUGUUGAUGAUGAUGAUGAUGUGUUUUCUGCGGAGGCGUCGGGAAGUCUAUCGUCCUUCAGAAGUCGUCUUGGUAGAAGAGGAUGAGAUAUUGGUGCUUGCAUUCGAUGGAUUUCUUCCUAUUGGGAAAGGGAUUCUGGGGAUUGGAUUCUCAGGAACCUUGAAUGACAAGAUGAAAGGAUUCUACAGAAGUACUUAUGAGCAUGAUGGGGAGAAGAAGAACAUGGCAGUUACACAAUUUGAGCCUGUAGAUGCACGUCGAUGUUUUCCAUGUUGGGAUGAACCUGCUGUUAAGGCUACAUUCAAGAUAACAUUGGCAGUGCCCUCAGAGCUGAUGGCAUUGUCCAAUAUGCCAGUCAUUCAAGAAAAGCUUCAUGGGAAACUGAAGACGGUUUCUUUCCAGGAGUCACCAAUUAUGUCAACUUAUUUGGUAGCUAUUAUUGUUGGUUUGUUUGAUUACAUAGAAGGCUUGACACUCAAUGGUACUAAGGUUCGUGUAUACUGUCAGAUUGGUAAGACAAAUCAAGGGAAAUUUGCUUUUGAUGUUGCUGUCAGGACGCUUGAUCUCUACGAAAGUUAUUUUUCCAUGCCGUAUUCACUACCCAAGCUGGAUAUGAUUGCGAUACCUGAUUUUGCUUAUGGAGCUAUGGAGAACUAUGGUUUAGUCACAUAUCGUGAAACAGCUCUGCUCUAUGAUGAUCAACAUUCUGCAGCUGCAAACAAGCAAAGGGUUGCAAUUGUUGUAACACAUGAACUUGCACAUCAAUGGUUUGGAAAUCUAGUAACAAUGGAAUGGUGGACACAUUUGUGGCUGAAUGAGGGGUUUGCAACAUGGGUGAGCCAUUUAGCAACUGAUUGCUUGUUUCCUGAAUGGAAAAUUUGGACACAAUUUCUUGACCAAACUACUGAGGGCCUUAGGCUGGAUGGGCUUGCAGAAUCACACCCUAUUGAGGUGGAGAUCAACCAUGCUCAUGAGAUAGAUGAAAUUUUCGAUGCAAUAAGCUACAAGAAAGGAGCCUCACUGAUUAGGAUGUUGCAGAAUUAUCUUGGUGCUGAAUGCUUUCAGAGAUCGUUAGCGUCGUAUAUAAAAAGAUAUGCUUGCUCGAAUGCAAAGACAGAAGACCUAUGGGCUGCUCUUGAGGAGGAAUCUGGUGAACCAGUGACCAUGCUAAUGAAUUCUUGGACAAAGCAAAAAGGAUAUCCAGUUGUCGAUGUAAAACUAAAUGAUAACAACUUGGAAUUUGAGCAGUCACAAUUCCUGUCAAGUGGACUCCUUGGGGAUGGACAGUGGAUUGUUCCCAUUACAUUAUGUUGUGGUUCAUAUGACACCUGCAAGAAUUUCCUUUUGCAAACUAAAUCUGACAGGUUAGAGAUAUCGGAGCUUGUGGGUUCUUCCAAUGAAAGCUUGACAGAAGAAUGGAACCCAGGGGAAGGGAAUGAGAAAAAUCCAGAACGUUUUUGGUAUAAAAUUAACAUUGACCAGACAGGUUUCUAUCGGGUGAAAUAUGAUGAUCAACUUGCAGCCAGACUUAGAUAUGCGAUACGGGCCAGCUGUCUGUCUGCAACAGAUAGAUUUGGCAUUUUGGAUGAUUCGUAUGCCCUGUGUAUGGCUUGUAAGCAGACAUUGUCUUCUUUGCUUUCUUUGAUGGAUGCUUAUAGAGAGGAGCUGGAUUAUACCGUUCUGUCAUGCUUGAUUACUAUAUGUAGCGAAAUUGCGAAGAUUGCAGCCGAUGCCACUCCUGAAUCAUCAGAUGACAUCAAACAGUUUUUCAUCCAUCUUCUCCAGUUUUCUGCAGGGAAGUUAGGUUGGCAACCCAAUUCUGGUGAGAGCCACUUGGAUGCAAUGUUGAGAGGGGAGCUAUUGACUGCACUUGCCCUAUUUGGGCAUGACAUAACACAAACUGAAGCAGUGAGACGGUUUUACGCAUUUGUAGAUGACAGAAAUACAUCACUACUCCCUGCUGACACAAGAAAGGCAGCAUAUGUUGCUGUAAUGCAGACCGUCACAACAUCAAACAGAUCUGGAUAUGAAUGUCUUCGAAAAGUUUAUAGAGAGACUGAUCUAAGCCAAGAGAAAGUGCGCAUUCUAAGUUCACUGGCAUCUUGUCCCGAUCCAGAUAUUGUCCUCGAAGCUCUGAACUUUUUGUUGUCCUCUGAGGUCCGAAGUCAGGAUGUCAUUUAUGGGCUUGCAGGAAUAAGUAGGGAGGGGCGUGAAAUUGCAUGGAGAUGGCUGAAGGAUAAUUGGGAGCACAUAUCCAAGACUUGGGGCUCUGGAAUUCUAAUAACCCGUUCCAUCAGUGCCAUCGUGUCACCAUUUUGUUCAGACGAUAAGGCAGAUGAAGUCGAGGAAUUUUUUGCAAGGCGAAUUAAGCCCUCAAGGGGUAGGACUCUGAAGCAGAGCAUUGAGCGAGUUCGAAUCAAUGCCAAGUGGGUCCAGAGUAUAAAGAGUGAGAAACACCUGGGGGAGGUUGUUAAGGAGCUAGCACACCCGAAGUACUAGAAAGAG